AUGUAUAACAAAUUGUCUUAGGUUACCACAAAAACAAAUUGGGAUGAUAUCAGGAAGGAAUAGAUGCGAUAGAUAUUGGAGCAAGGUUCAAAUAUGACAGAUGAUGAUGUUGUUUAUAUAAAGCAUUGUAUUAAGAAUUUUAGUGGGCCACCAGCAUUUAUGUGGUUGGAGAGCAACCUGAAAGGAGAUCAAAUUAAUGAAGUUCAUAAUUUAUAAUAACAAUAGAUUAUCAAACAUAUAAAAAUAGCAACAAGUAAUGAUGGAUCGAAUCCAAUAUACUUUGUUUAAGAAGGUGAAUUAACAUCAAAGACGAGAGUAUACAAAAAGGGCGAAGUAGUAUCAAAUGAAGAAGUCGAAUUUGGAUAAGGAGCCAUUGCAUUUUAGGUGGAUAGAUAAUUAUACAACUCUUUUAAAAAUAGUGCCGAAAUGUAAGAAUUGGAAAUAAAGUCUCAAAAUUUGCAACGUUGCAUUCCGAUCAGAUCUUUAGAUAUUUAAAAAAAAUAGGCCCUGUUGCCAUUAUUUAAAGAAACCAAAAAAAAGUUUGGCAGCAUAAUGACAGUUCCAGAAGGAGGAACAGCAAGUUUAUACUUUUAGACAAAAGGCACAACAUUAAUUUUUACUUCCACAAAAAGUCAUAACUUCAUAAUAGUUGGAUGUAUUCAAAAUGUUGGAGUGUUCAAUGAAUAAAAAUUAUUAUUUGAUCAAGGAUCUGAGUAUGGAAGUAUAUCUAUAUGCGAAUCAACUCUUUAUUAAUUAUAAGCAGAAGAUGUAAGUAAAAUGCCAGAUGAUUGUAUACAAUCUUUGAGAGCAGGUUUUUUGGCUAAGAAAAUGAUAUACAAAACCAUAGUGGAAAAAGUUCAAUAGAUGAAAGAAGAUGAUGAAUUUGUAGAAUUCUAGGAUAAAAUAUGUAAGAAAUAUUCAAUUGAGUAUGGAAACAUUUUAAAUGUUAUCUAAAAAAAUACAAAAAAUGGAAAGAUUGAAUCAACAGAUAAACAGGAAUAGAUUGAAAAAAACAAAUAAAUGUUCGAAAAAACUAUUGGUGGAAAUAGAAUGAAUAAUGUGUUAAGUUAAAUGAGUGAUAAAGAAAGGACUUUAUGUUUGGGAACUCCCAGAAUUGUUAAUAAAUAGGCUAACUUCUUGGGUUUGACUUAAGAACAGGAAACCUCAUUAUUUGCUUUGAGACAACUUGCCACUGAUCUAAGAAAAGGAAACACUAAUACCAAUUCAAUUAUUCCAAUGUCAAAAGAGUCUGUCACCAAAGCCAAAUAAGCUUUGCUCUAAGAAGAGAAAAUUAAUAUUGGAGAAGUGUUAUAAAGAAAGACUAUCUCUACAAAACUACAAGAGGAUCCAUCAAUGCUCGGAAAAAUGAAGAAAGACAAUUCUGAGUUGCUAUCCUAAUACCCUCAAGAAGAAGAGAAGGUCUUAAAAAUACAUUCGGAAGAUACCAACAAGGAAGUCAAACCAACAGAUUCAGAUGGAAAUACUGAUUAAGGUGAAUUCAAAGGAAGACCAUUGGGUAGAUAGAGUUCUAUUAAAGGACAACAAACUGCACAAUAAAUUUAAAUUGAUAAAAAAAAUAAAUUGCUUUAAAGUUUAGUUUGA